GAGAGAGAGAAGAGAGAGAGAGAGUUCAUCAAACGGACAAGUUGCGAGAGUGGGAUCCUCUCUGUCUCUCUCUCUCAUCCUUUCUUUUCCUCACAAAACAUCUCUCUCUCAUAUUCUCUCUCAAUAUAUGUGAGGCUUAGGCUCAUAACCUCUGCUUUCCUUUCCCUCUUUCCCAAACCCAGAAACAGAAAACAGCAAAGCAAACAAACAAGAGAAAAAAAACCCCCAAAAAACCCAUUUUUCUCAAACCCUAUAUAGACAAAGAGAAAAAAACUCACAAUACAACAACCAUAAAGAGUGAUUUGAGGUUGCAAAAUCCAUUGUGUUAUUCUCGAUUAUCUUUAGAUCUUGUUCCAUCCUUAAAGGGUUUUGAAAUUGGAUCGGAUACCGGUCAAGCUCCAACUGAUUAGGGUUUUGAUCAGAAAGGGUUCUCAGUGUUAAUAUCAGCUUCUUGUUGAGCUUCAGAUCAGAGCAAAAUAUGAUUUUGGGGGGAUAAUUUGAGCCUAAUUGGGAAUUGAAUGAUAGAGAUUUUUAGGGUAUGGAAGAGGACUGUAUAUUAUACUAGUAGAAAUGGAGAACUAUUGAAACAAAGGAAAAAGAAAAGGAGAGUUGAUAAGUGAGAAAGGUUUUUUGAGUUUUUAAGUGAAAAGGGGUUGUUGUGUUUCCACAUCAGUUUUGCUUAAUUAGUGUAGGGGAUGUUUAUGUUAUUUGGUUUUGGUAGUGAUAUGCAAGAAGAGGUGAUGGUUGUAAAGUUUUGGUUUUUUAGACAAGAUAAAGGAUCAGAUUACUUUGGAGAAUUCUCUUUUCUAAGAAAACCAUUUGGAUUGACAUAGUUCUUGAAAAGUUUAUUUGUGGCAUUACCAUCUUGAGUUAUUGUGGUCUUUUCGUAUUUUAGCUCCGUGAUAUUAGAUUUCGAGUACUUGAAGGGGGUUUCUGAUUUCUUAGGUGUAUCGCAUUGGAUAUUUGAAGUGAAGAGCUAGUUUAAUUUAAGUGGGGUUUUUGGACUGAUUGAGUUAGGAUUAAAUGGAGGUGAGCUGAAGUUGGAAAGUAAUGUGGGGUCAUGGUGAAUGGACAGGAGUCUAGUUGCUUGUUACUGGAACACUGCUGUGAGAAAGUAACUAAAGGACACUGUUUCCGGAACAGCGCCUUUUUAGCUCGGAGUAAAAUUCUGUGCCAUGUCUCGUUGCUUUCCAUUUCCACCACCAGGAUAUGAAAAGAAGCCUAGACCGGAGGAUGAGGACUUAUUAAAAGAGGAGAAACGGAAGGAGAAAAAACAUAAAAAGGAGAAGAAAGACAGAGAAAAGAAAGAAGGUAAAGAAAAAAGGGAUAAAGACAGGAGUGACGGGAAACACAGGGAAAAGAAAGACAAGAAGGAUAAACACCGCGACAAGAAGGAAAAGCACAAGGAUAAAAAGGAUAAAGAGAAGGACAAGGACAAGGAUAAAGAGAGAAGUGACAUCUCUGAAGAGGCAAGAGUUGCCGUUCUACCAGGAGUUUCUAGUGGACAAAAGCUUCCUAGCAGAGAUGAACAUUUUAAAAAAGAAAGCAUCAACUCACAGGAAGCAAAAUACCGCGAUCAGUCUCAUAGCCCGCAUGCAGAAAAGCUCUUUAAAACCAGCCUCCCCACUGUUGAGACAGAGGAGUCAAAAUUUGUACAGGAGUUGGCGAGGCGGAUCAGAAAUGAACAGAAGGGUGCAGGAAGUCAGUUGGCUGAGAGAUUUCCAGUUGAGUCGAAAAGGGAUGAAAAGACAAACAGUAUGUACAUCAAGGAUUUUGGUAAUUUUGUUGAAGAAAAGGAAAAGAAACAGGAGAAAAGAGUUUAUUGCAAUAAGAUGGAUGGACAUCAAGUCAGAGUUGAACCAAGAAUUGGUGUUAAUGCAACACUUCCCAGCUUUCCGGAGAUGGCAAAGAGCAAAUUUCAUGGAUUGCCACCAUUGGAAGAGAAUGUUGAGAACAGGAGAGAUGAAAAAGAUAAAUCCAAAGAACAACGAGAUGACAAACCAAGAGACAAGAAAAAGGAUAAAGAAAAGGAUGCGAAAAGUCAUGGAAAGGAGAAAGACCGGGAAAAAGAAAAGAAAAAGGAAAAGAAGGCGAAGGACAAAAGUGCACACAGGAAAAGUGAACCUGAUAAAUCAAGAGACAUCAAUAAGAGCGAUUUUGUUAGUGUUAGUAACACCAACCACCAAGUUCCACUUGUACCCAAGGAUAACAGAGCUGGUACAGUCACUGAGGGAAAUCUCAGAAAAAGAAAAGAUAUUGAAACAAAUGGUUUCCUGCAUGAGAGUGAAGUCAGGCCUGCUAAAUUGCUGCGGCCCUCAUCCUCUCAUCAGCCCACGCAGAAUGGAAAGAUAUCGGAUACUGACCAAAAGGCAGAAAUGUUAUCUUCCAACAAACAAGGAGUUGCCGCUGAUGUGCAGGUGGUAAACAAGGAGCGCAGUAUUAAUGGUACCAUUAAGUUAUCCAACAAACAUGGAGUUGUCACUGAUAUUGGGUUCGCAAACAAGGAGAACGGGGUCAAUGGUACAGUCAAAGGUCAGCCAUUGGCUAUGUCUAAACCAAAGGCUUCUUCCAUGUCUCCCGGUGUUGAUCAGAUUGCUGAAGCGUCUAAAAGACCUCCUCAUCCAGAUUCCAAGUAUCUGAACCAGAUACUCUCAGUUCCGAAGAUGGACGAGUGGUCGGGAAUUGAUGACCAGGAAUGGUUGUUUGGAAGCAAAAGUACUCUGGUUAGGAAGCCCGACAUGUAUCUUGAUGAAGUUAAGGACAAUCGGGUAUGGUCAGAAGCUUUGCAAAUAGACUCUGCUGACGUUUGUGCGCUGCCAUACGUAAUACCUUAUUGAUCGCUGUUGACAUGAUCUAACACGGUGAGUUUCCAAGGACCUAGCUCUUGUCAGCUAUGCAAGACGAGUAUUUGGCUCGGAGAUACCAACGCUGGGCUCUCGGUUGGAUUCUCUCUCACCUUCCUGCUCUGGUGGUUGUGCACGUGGCUACAUUUAGUGCUGAUAUUGACUCAAGAUUUAGGUACAUCGAUCGCCAUUGCUGAUUGGAGGGGCUAGUUGUUGCCCUGUACUUGAAAAAUCUAACUGUUACAGCCCCGGAUGAAACCAACCAGAAUGUCUAGGAAGAUGCAUGCAUAAGCUUCUGCAAGUUUAUUCUAAAAGCUUAUAUGCCAUUCUAAUUGGGUGUAAGCGAACUAGUAUUUGUGGUCUUUACAACUCCACACAAUUUUGAUUUGUAAUAUAGAACUGCUAUAAUUGUAAGAUAGAUGGGGGGGAAAGAAAAACAAAGAAAAGAGGUAGCAACUGAAUUCAUUUUAUUUUUAUUCACUUAGAUCUCAGUUUUGUUUAUAAUCCAUUUCCACUUUCUGAUAUUAUAACAUGAGAAUCUGAUGCUCAGGAUUUUA